AUGGACUUCCGGUUGCUUGGCUGCCCGACUGCUUAUGUUGAUGGUCUUCUAGUUUACAGUCUACUGCAUGUACUGCUAGCUAUGUUUCUGCUUUUAUCUAUUUUAACUUGGAAUUUACUACCUGCUCGUGGUUGUAUUUUUGGUGACCUACAAUUAGUGAAUGGAAAUAGAACUAAUAUAGGAAGAUUGGAGAUUUGUAUUAACAAUGAAUGGGGCACUGUGUGUGAUGAUGGAUGGACUCACACUAAUGCUGAGGUGAUCUGCAGGCAACUAGGAUACUCUACUAUUGGUGCUCAAUAUUUCAAUGAAAAGUAUUUUGGUGCUGUGAAUAGAUCAAUAUUUCUAGAUGAAGUUGUUUGUUUGGGAUCAGAGGAUAACAUACUGCAGUGCAAUCACUCAACCAUUGGGUCAUCUCAUAACUGUAGUCGUUCUAAUGGUGUCAGUGUCCAAUGCUUUAAAAUAGAUAAUGCACUCUGCAAUACUGAAAGUGAUAAUCAGUUAUGGUCUGCAAUGAGUUCAAAUGGGAUCUGUGAAGCUUAUUACAAAGAUGAAUCUUACACUUCUAUCUGUGACCAUUUAUAUGAUCCUGAGAUUGACUAUGUUUACAUUCCUCACAGACGUCUUAGAGGCUCUCAGCAAGUUUUGAGACGAUUUGUUUUAGAGGCAAAUGCAUUUUUAUCCCAAAUACCAGAACACUGCCGAGAUCUUUCCAUUAAAAUAAUGUGUACUCAUUAUUACUUGCCUUGUGGUUCUAAUGGCACACUGCAUGUUCCUUUACCUAUUUGCUCUAAUGUCUGCUCGUACAUGUCAGUAACAGUGUGUCCUGAUAUUUGGUCAUUUGUUGUUAAAUUUCUUGAUUCGAAUCAAGUUGAACUAGAAUAUAGAUAUGAUGAAGGAAUUAAGCUACCAGUUUGUAAUAAUACAGAUGAAAUGAUUGAUUAUUUGAAUCUCACUAGUGACUGUUGUUCUGAUGGUGGUAUCAAAGUACCUCAACCAACUAAAACAACAACAGAAGUCAUCAAUACAUCUACUACACCUGUCCAACUUUCUACAACUAUCCAAACAACUAGAUCCACACCUCUGAUACCUGCCAGUGGCACACCAUCUGCCUCAAAUCAGCUAACAUCUGCCUUGAUACCAGGAAUGAUCAGUAUUUUAUUACUGUUGCUGGUAGUGUUGGCAAUAGUAUUAUCUGUUGCUUGUUGCAUUAAAAAGGCAAGGAGUCAUAAACAACUUAUGAAUGAAGAAUUUUCCGUUAAACCUAAUCCUUCACUAC